GACAGAAGGUGAGGGGGCUAGCGGGUGAAGUUAGCAGGAGGGGAGAGGUAUGAGGGGACAGCUCUUGAAGUCACUCUUCUCUCUGGUGAUCACUCUCUUCUGUUUGGGGAGCCUGCUGACCACUCUCCUCUGGUACAUGUUCGACCACAACAAUGUAGAACCUCGCAAACAGUCUCAUAAGAAAAGCAUUCCUGAGCCCACUGACCUCUGUAGAGGCUGUAGGGAGGUCAUCGACAAAGUGGUAGAGCGUUACUCUAAAACCUGGAAGAAGCAGGAGGACAAUUACCAAAAAUUCAGAUCUCAGCUGAACAGCAAGUGCCAUGGUUUUGACAAGGCCAUCAUUUCCCAGGCCAACACUCCAGUGGGAUCAAAGCUUGUGUACGACGGGGAAAAGAAGAGGACCCUCCAGGUGACCCCGGAGCUUUUCAGCACCUUUGCAAAGGAGCGUCCUUUCCCAAAUAAAACAUGGGACACGUGCGCUGUUGUUGGGAACGGAGGGAUACUGACCAACAGCAGUUGUGGAAAUACGAUUGAUUCAGCUCAGUUUGUGAUCAGGUGCAACCUACCUCCUUUGAAGAACGGCUUUGAGAAACAUGUAGGCAUCAAGACCGACCUUGUGACAGCAAACCCAAGCAUCCUUCUAGAGAAGUAUGGAGCUCUAAUGGGGCGUCGCCGUCCGUUUGUGGAGAGUCUGCAUAGCUAUGGCAACUCCCUGCUGCUCCUUCCCGCCUUCUCCUAUGGCCACAACACUCCUGUGUCCCUGCGGGCCUUCUACACCAUGGAGGACUUUGAAAGUCCCAACCGGCCCAUCUUCUUCAACCCUGACUACCUCCAGAGACUGGCGCUCUUCUGGCGCUCCCAAGGCCUCCGAGCAGUGCGGCUCAGCACCGGCAUAAUCAUGGCUAGCCUGGCCCUGGAACUCUGUGCCAACGUGCAUCUGUACGGGUUUUGGCCCUUCAGUAAUCACCCACAUGGAUUCCAUGCCCUGACUAACCACUACUACGAUGACAGACAAACUAAAAAGAAAUUCCACGCCAUGCCAGCUGAGUUUGACCUGUUGUUGCGGCUGCACACUCAGGGGGUGCUAAAGCUUCACCUGGGAGAAUGUCAACCGGGUGCAAAGUAAGUUCCCAGACUCAGAGGCAGCUGACAGGACAGGAACAAAGUGCCUUCUUGGUAGCCUCAGGAAGAAGCUAGUCAAACAUAAAGUCUUUCAUAUACUUUUGAAUGAAUGGAAUCUUUAUUGGCUAGUGACACGGAUAAACGCAAGUAAGACUUGCAGUGACUGCUGAGUUCAGCGGCCUAGACAUUUGCACUAAAAUCAAAAUGCAAUGAUCACAAGACUUUCUGUAAACCGUUGUGUAGUGUACCUAAAACUGUAUUUAUUACCACAAAUGUUCCAGCUGGAGUCUGGAGGAAGAUAUUUUGAUUUAAAUGGAAAACCGUUGUGAGCCUUUGGUGGUGGGGGUCUAAAUUGUAGUGCCUUAUGUGAUUCAAUAACUAAUGACAUGUAACUGACCAUGGGAGCUUUUUGCAACAAACUGAAUGUAUUUUGAAGAAAUACCUCCUUUACAUGAAGAUUGUCUGGCUAAAACGCGUUUAAUGGAAACAGCAGCACAAUGAAUGUGAAGAAUCUUUUGUUAAAAAUCACAUCACACAUUUAACCACCUUAGACAGUAAUCUAGGAACUGUUGAGGGGAAAAGUAUGGUACUCACACAAUUUAAUCACACACAUAUUAUAAAAAGGUUGGUGCUGGUUGUGGACAAUCAUUUUCCGUACUCUUAUUCUCAUUGUACGCCACUGACACUGCUGGAUGUCAUACAGACAUGGAAUAAGCCUCAGAUCUGAGAGUGUCUGCGUUGGUCGUGUCCUAGUAGCGUAAACUACCGACCAUCAUGGCUGCCCUCUGUGGGCUGUGGUCACCAGAAGACCCUAUUAAGUGAGGCCUCUAGCUAACUAAACAGACACCACAGAACGAAAAAGGAAUAAUAACGUUCUCUUCACAAAGGUUGCUAUGGGGAGCCUCUGUUACAAUGUGCUACCCCUCGUCACCACAGUGACCAGACGGAGAGGUAAGCACUGUCACAAAGUGGCAGCAUACACACAUUGGUACAAUGUUAGUUUGGAAGCAAAUACUUUUUAAGUUGAUGUAAAUCAAUGCAGAUUUAAAGGGCCAGUGUGUAGGAUUUAGUGACAUCUAGUGGUGAAGUUGCAGACUGCAACCAGAAGAAUAUAACUCGCCUUCAAAGCUUUCAGAGCCAGUGUUUGUUUCGUCCGUUCUGGGUACUGUAGAAACAUGGUGGUUAAACAUGCCAGCCUCAGUAGAAGAGGACUUUUAUUUUCUACUUUUGACAAUAGAUCCUCCUAAAUGUUACACACUGGACCUUUAAUUAACUCCAAUGUAAGGUGAUGUAAUGAUUGUGAAUUGUGCACUUUGGGUGAAAAUUGUAACCUUCUGGUAAGCUUUCUUUUGUAACACUUACAUCAAGACUUGGGUGGGUCUUGAACAACAGGGAGUAUUGCCUUUUAUGCUGACACUUCUAAAGUCUUAACAGUGAUUUUUGUCAUCCAGACUAAUUAUUUACAAAUUGUAGAUGACCAAUAUUGAGAACUCUUGGUGAGCCAAUCUUUAGAACCGUUUGAAUGUUUGGGAUUUAGUUUUUUUCUUGAACAGCACGAGACGAGAGGGGAAAUUAGGUUAAAGUGAAUCAGUGAAUAAAUAUUUAUCAGAAAAAAAGUUUUUUGUAUUUGUGUGUAAUCAGUAGCUGAAGUAGAAUUCACUUGUCUAACCAGGAGGCCAAAGCUUUUCCUCAGACGUCUAAGCUUGCAUGAUUUACUGUCUUUUGAGCCAUUAAGUGGCCCAAACCUGCCAAGAUUUCUCAUAAGAAUGCAGUAUUUACUGAAUACUUGGCCAUUUUUAUCCCUUACUGUUUGCAUUGUAGUAGUUUUUAACAACCCUUUUGUGUGCAUUCUUCUGUUGAUUAGUUUCUCCUUUGUUUCAUCUCAUACGGCCUUUUUUGAAACCUGAUUUAAGCCAUGUGUUGGUGUAGUGUAUUUGCAUAUGCAUGAUUCCAUCAUAAUAUUCAUGUUCAUUAUUUGGCCUCAGAUUUUUCCAAAUUUGACACAGCUGUGAUAUUAGUGGCCUUUACAUUACUGCACCUUCCACUUCACUAGGUUACUCCUGCGUGUCCUGCUGCAGGGCAUCCCACAGUCAGUGGAUGGACGAGACACGCAAACAUCUGGAUAAUGCUUCAACAGGAAAAACUAACCAGAGAAGCUUUGUACUGAGCACUGGAGCGUGUUUUUGUCCUGCUCCUUUUUCCCCUGUCCCAAAAUUCAUAAUAGUAGUAUGUGUACACUGUCUCUAAAAAGACAUCUGUGUAGGGUUAGUGCACCCGGCCAAUUAGGCCGUUAAUGGGAUGAAAUGUUUCUUUUUGGAGAAAAUAGCCCGCUGCCACAAGUUGCCAUCCCAGACAUUGCUUGUGGGAUUCCUCUCAUAUCGGCAGUGACCUCGUUGUACAUCCAGCUGCAGCACUCUGUUCAUUCCCACUGGCUUGUCUCACAAGGGAAAGUUUUUUUUAUUUCAGACAAAAACAUACUUUCCAUUUCCAUCUUGGAUGUUUAUUCUCCAGGCAGUUUGGCUGUGAACUAAUGACAACAGGCACUAAGUUGAAAACUUGGUGGGAAAUGUAAAGUUCUUAUUCAUCUAUUUGAAUAAAACAUCAAGAAUCGAA